AUGACUUCGUGUACGGCUCGACGUUUGCCGCCUCCGGUGAGAUCGAUAUCAUGGAACUCAGGGGCGACGAACCCGGCAAAAUAGAGUCAACCAUACAUUACGGCGGAACGAAACCGAACUUCAUCUCCAGCGGCGGAUUCGUCGGUGACUUUCACCGUUCGUUCGCCGAUGACUUUCACACAUUCGGAUGCAUUUGGAGUAAUACGUCCAUCGACUUCUACGUCGAUGACCUGGUGUUUCACAGGGAGCGUAUCGAUCGCAGUAUGUACUCCGGGAAGGGACCCAACCCGUACACCAAAAACGGACAGCCCUUCGACAAGGACUUCCAGAUUAACCUGAAUCUGGCGGUCGGGGGAGCUUUCUUUGAACCCCCGGAGAUUACGGAGGACGACGCCCGCAAAUGGCCUCAACCCUCGUAUGUCAUCGAUUACGUCAGGGUUUAUAAACAGAAAAAUUAAUUUAAAACGUUAUUUAUGAAUGGGUCUCAUUAAUAUUGUUUAUUAUUGUGG